ACAAUGAACAUCAUCAAAUCCACCCUCUACAGCUACCCCCAACCCCCACCCCGAACACGCACACGCCCCCUCCACCUCAUCUGCGCAGGCCUCCCUCGCUCUGCAACAGAAAGUCUCAGCCAUGCACUGCAAGAACUCAACUACAAGCCCUACCACGGCUGGACGCUGGUCUCCGAGUCCAACGGGGGCUACAUCCAAGAAUGGGCUAAUCUCGCACGACGCAAAUACGCCGGGGCCGCUGACGUCGACGUCCAAAUAACGCAAGCAGAAGUCGACGCUCUCCUGGGCGAUCACGAUGCGGUGUUGGACUCGGUGCCUGCCAUGUUUGCGGCAGAGUUGAUUGAGGCGUAUCCGGAGGCGAAAGUGAUAUUGUAUACUCGAAGCGAUCUGGAUGCGUGGCAUAGAAGUAUUAUGAAGACGGUGGUGAGCGAUAUAGAAGAUAGUUGGAUGGCGUGGUUUGUGAAGUUGUUCAAUGCAGAGAGGUUUUGGUUGUGGGAGUUUUAUUUCACGUAUGGGUAUUCUGGGUUUUUCAGGAGUUUGAGGGUGGGGUCUGCGAAGGAGGGGAUUAUGAGGAAUGGGAAGUGGGUUUAUCGGGAUCAUUGCAAUAUGGUUAGGGGGAUGAUAGUGGGGGAUAAGGGGAGGUUGUUGGAGUGGGAGGUUGAGGAUGGGUGGGGGAGUUUGUGUGAGUUUCUGGGUGAGAAGGUGCCGGAUACUCCAUUUCCGAAGGGGAUUGAUCCUGUUGCGUUCAGGGAACAGGUGGCUAGGAUAACGGCGCCGCGGAUGAGGCGCGCCAUGCGCAAUCUGACUCUUACCGUGGUGUCGCUGAGUGUGGUGGCUGUCGUGACUGGUUUGUCAUUUAAGGAGAGAGGGGUUCCUUGGAAGGCCAUCAAGGGAGUCUCAGCCUCCUGGGCCACGUUGGUGAGCCUGGGAAAAUGAUCUAGGUUCAUCUAUCCCCUGAUUGGUAUCUACUAUACGUCCAAAUAUCGUGUGAUAUAUAUUGGUAGGACCUGUCGCCGGAACGGAUUGACUCCUCAUAGCUAUUGGAUUGUAGAUGAAGCACAGGAAAUGACCCUAGGCU